UCGAGUUGAGAAUCGGGAGAGUACACGCUGCCUCCUCUCCCUCUCUCACCUCUCCCCCGUUCACGCUCUCCCUCUCCCGGUGGCUGAGGACUCUGGGCGGCCGCUCCACUAUGCUCUGAGUCUUGUGGGCGCUGGGCAAGGCGGCGCCAGGACAAGGGUGGGCGUGAGGGCGUGAUGGCUACCUGGCAGACUUCUCCACGUGCCGCCCAUACACGGAUCAUCAUGGGGGCUGCGGGCGCCUCUCUACCGGGCUUUACCGUGGCUCUAGUGUUGUUGCUCGCCUGCACCACGGUCAGGGGCGAGAACCUGACUCAGAUGUUAAUGUCGAGAGGUAAUGUGCUUUGUUAUGAGUGCUCUUCGUGGACCAACCCGCUCUGUGACGAUCCCUUUAACUUCACUCUGUCUCGCAAGAAGGGACCGCCCAUUGAAACGUGUGACGGAUGCUGUGUCAAGCUGGUGCAACACAUUGGAACCCCCUACGCGUCCAUCAGGCGGACAUGCACGGAGAAACUGCAGAUCAACCUCUUUAUGGUGGACCACGUGUGCAUGAUGGAAAGUAGUGGCCACGGUCACAUGUGUUUUUGUGAGGAGGAUCUGUGUAAUGCAGCCCCACCCUCCUCCCUCCUCCCAAGCCCCCUCCUCCUCCUGGCCCUCCUCCUCAGCCCUCUCCUCCUCCUCCACCACCAACACCAUUCCUCCAUCCCCAACAUCUCCCUGUCUCCCUCUCACAAUGUUCCCUUUGUUACUAGAUAAGUUUUUGUUUGUUUUCGUGUUUUUCUGUUUGUGUGUGUGUUUUUUUUUUUUUUUAGUUCUUUAUUCUUUUGUCUCCUCUUCCUCUUCCUCUUCUUCCUCUUCCUCGUGUUUUUUUUUUUCUUCCUUGUCUCGGCUUCUUCAUUUUUUUGUGAUUUGCUUUAAUUCCACUUUCUUGUUUUGCCUCCUUCUUCUCUCCUCCUCUUCCUCUUCCUCCUCUUCCUCCUCCUCCUCCUCCUCGUAUUUUUUCUUCCUUCCUUCCUUCUUCUCUCGAUUUUCUUCAUCUCCAUUUUCUUUCAAGACUAAUGGUGUGAGCUCUAUUCAUUUAUCUCUCUAAUUUAUAUUUUCCUCACAUUUUUCUCUCUUCUUUCUUUCUUUUUUUAUUAUUUUGAUGUAGUUUUUAUAAUUUUUAAAGAAUUUUUUGUCAUUUUUAUUCUUUUUUUCAAUCCUCCUUCAUCCGACCCUCGUUUUCUUUUUUCCUUCGUUUUCUUUUUCAAAUUUGUUUAUUCAAAGUCACGAAAAUUUAGGUCAUUCAGAUUUUUUUUCUUUCCUGUUUUAUUCUUUUUUUUUCAGACCAUUUCAAUUUUUAAGCCUUUUUUUCCACACAUUAUUCCUCCUCCUCCUCCUCCUCCUCCUCCUCCUCCUCCUCCUCCUCCUCGAACGUGUUGGAGGAGGAGGGUUUGUUUUGGUUGCCAGGAUGAUGUCUCCAGUCUCUCCUCCCUGACUUUCCCUCUUCAAGCUUUCCUCCUCCUCCUCCUUCUCCUCCUCCUCCUCCUCCUCCUCCUCUCAAGUUCCUCGUAAGUUCAAGAGUUUCGUAAGAUUGUUAAAUUUAUCCCUCUCUUCUUCUUCUCUUUCUCCUUCUUCUCCUUCUCCUUCUUCUUCUUCUUCUUCUUCUUCUUCUUCUUCUUUUUCCUCUUGUCACCCUGGCAGCCACACGUCCCUGUCACCCUCCCGUCUCCUUCCCCUUCCUUAAUCUAUUCCCCUUACCUGUCUUUUCCCUGUCAUUAUUUUUCCCUUUAAUUUUUCCCUUUUCCUCUCGUUUUUUUCCUGUUUCCUUCUCUCAGUUAUGAUUUU